GGUCCGGCAGGGGCUUUAUUCUAAGAGUCACUGGCGCGUGGCUGCGCUUUUCUUUCCCGUUUGUAGGUGAAACCCCAGUGGCUUCAUUGGCUCCUCGAUUUAAACCACGCCCGGCUUUCUGCCCGCUUUGCUGCUGCUGGGCCAGGCCGACCAGCCACAUCCCAGCCCCGUUUGCGGGGAGCCGGGCUGCUGCUGCUAUUGUGUGGAUGCCGUGCGUGUCCUCUCUUCUCUUGCAGAGAUGGCUAACAGGGGUCCCAGCUACGGCUUAAGCCGAGAGGUGCAGGAGAAGAUCGAGCAGAAGUAUGACGCGGACCUGGAGAACAAGCUGGUGGACUGGAUCAUCCUGCAGUGCGCCGAGGACAUAGAGCACCCGCCCCCCGGCAGGGCCCAUUUUCAGAAAUGGUUGAUGGACGGGACGGUCUUGUGCAAGCUGAUAAACAGUUUAUACCCACCAGGACAAGAACCCAUUCCCAAGAUCUCAGAGUCAAAGAUGGCUUUUAAGCAGAUGGAGCAAAUCUCCCAGUUCCUAAAAGCUGCGGAGAUCUAUGGCGUCAGGACCACUGACAUUUUUCAGACGGUGGAUCUAUGGGAAGGGAAGGACAUGGCGGCCGUGCAGAGGACCCUGAUGGCUCUAGGCAGUGUCGCAGUCACCAAGGAUGAUGGCUGCUACCGGGGAGAGCCAUCCUGGUUUCACAGGAAAGCCCAGCAGAACCGGAGAGGAUUUUCAGAGGAGCAGCUCCGCCAGGGACAGAGCGUGAUAGGCCUGCAGAUGGGCAGCAACAAGGGGGCCUCCCAGGCAGGCAUGACCGGGUACGGGACGCCCAGGCAGAUCAUGUGAGGAGCCGCGCCCGCCCCACGGAGAGAGGACGGACGUUCCACGCCGCAGUCUCCGUGAUCAAGAAAUAGCUAGUCACCUUCCGGCCUUCUCCUCGUCCCAAAGCCUCCUGUCCCUGGUUGUUGCAAGUGCUGCGUUUCUGCCGCAAAUCCACGUUGCCUACUGCCGCCACCUUCUGUUCGUUCAGAACUAUGCAAAGACUCCGCUCCCUCCUCCCGAGCCCCCUCUCCCUGAAAGCCCGCCUUUGUCUGACUAUUUAUUUAUUUAUUUAUUUGCCAGAAAUUUCGCUCCUCAACUUAUAGAAGGCACCUAAUAAAUGAAUGAGUCUUGCGUCUUAAA